AUGUUACAAAGUAGCCUAAGGUGUGUUGGCAAACCGAAGACAAAACUCUUUCAUGCCCUGGAGUCCGAAGUGGGCCUCAUCCCUCUUUCCACCUGCAAUGCCCUUUUUCUGACAUCCAACACCUUUUCAGUGAUGGUUACACCUAAAGUGUUGGUAGUCUUAUACAUACUCUUCUGCAAGAUCUACCAAGUCAUUCUUUCUGAUACCUGUUCAGCAGGUGAAGAUUCUACACAGUGUUAUGGGCAUGUGUGGACAGAACCAGCCACGGUGAUUCAAAUGGGGCAGACUAUUUCCAUAAACUGUCAUUCUGAUAAAGAAUUCUGUCAAAAUGCCAAUAUAUAUAUGGAAAUAAAUGACGUCCGUAUCAACAACAAGCUGUCAGUGAUAAACAAAACUACAGUUCAACUUCUGCUUCAUGAUUAUAAAAAUCCAUUUUCUACAGUUAUAUGCAGCAUCGAAUGUCCUAACAAAAGGGUAGUCAUAUGUGGAACACAAUUUUGCAUGGGCUAUCUGCCUGACAAGCCGGCCAAUUUAACCUGUGUCAUACAUGAGAAUUCGAAUAAUAUGACAUGUACUUGGGACCCAGGCAAGGAUACAAAAUUAAACACUACCUACAAUCUAUCUUUGAAAAGUUUACAGACAGAAGAGAAUAGAACCUUAUUUGCAAACAGUGACUCAAUUAUCAUCCCUCUGAGUCAACUGCAGAAGAACCAAACCUUUUCUGUUUCGGUCUGCGCUAAAAAUGACCUGGGCACAGUCCAUUCGGAGCAGCUGAUUGUUGAGCUCGCCAAUAUAGUGGUACCAGCAACACCUGUUAUUACCCAGCAUAAAACUUUAGACUCUCCAGUACUUAAGACUAUACUACAGUGGGAAAAGCGAAGUGCAAUCAAGGAGACUUCUUGCAAGGAGAGAUACAAGGAGAAGAAAAGUGAAAUCUGGCAGGUUCGAGACUGGGAUACUGGAGUACAAAGCAACCAUCAAACGGAGUAUAACUUAAAUGCAAACACAAUAUAUGAGUUCCAAGUUAGAUGCAAAUUAAUUCACCCUGGAAGCAUUUGGAGCAGAUGGAGCGAAUCUGUUGAAUACAUGACUCCAGAGGCAGAACCAUCUUCAGUACUUGAUGUGUGGAGGUAUCUGGGACCAAUUUACCAGAAUGGUAGCCAAGAGGUGACCAUCCUGAUCAAGCCAUUUCUUCCAAAUGAGAGCAGAGGAAGAAUUCUGGGUUAUAGAGUGUUCUGUGAAAACCAAGGAGAGAUGAUGGAUUUAUGCAAAACAACAGAAACAAAAUGCAAAGUUUUGGUGCCUCCAGCUGUGACCAUUGUCUACGUGACAGCACACAAUUCAAAAGGAAGUUCCAAACCAGCAAAUAUUACAAUGGGCCAACAGCCCCAUCAUUACCAUGAUUUCCCACCCCCUACCGAUAUGCAAAUAAUCAGGGAUGAAGAGAAAGGAACUUCUGCUAUAUGGGGACCUCCCAAAUCCAAUGGACAAACAGUUUUGUGGUACAUAGUGGAAUGGACAUCUGCAGACUUCAGUGAUUACCUUCAUGGCAUAAUGUGGAAAAAAGUCCCCAGGCAGAACAAGACAACUUUUAUUGAAGAAGACAUCGGAAUGAAACGUAACUUCAGCAUUUCAGUGUAUGCUGUGUAUCAAGAUGGCAUCAGCAAGUCCUGCACUGUCCAGAUAUUGGUGAAAACAAAUGAAGAUGGACAGACUGGUAUUAAUCCAGAAAGCAUCCUUUUAGCUACCAACGAUGAUGGUGAUGUUGGAGUUCUGUUGGGAAUUGGCUUUGGAGUGGCCUGCUUAGUUGUGCUAAUCUUGACUUUCAUUGCUCAGAAGUCAUGCAGGAAAAGGGUUAGCACAGUAUGUAGUUCAAUAACACCAGCCUGGCUUUUUGAAGAUUAUCCUAAACUGCAGAACAGCAGUGUGAUCAAAUCACUUGAGGAAAGGAAUGGUUCAGUGAUGCACAGUUCCACUGGACUAUUUGUGGAUUAUGCAGAUGCUGUAGUAACUGAAGUGGAAGAGAUAUUGGUGCACAAGGAGUAUAAGGCUUUGGAUGAUGCAAAGGAAAUAAGGGAAGCAGUUUCUGAGAAAGUCAACAUUCCAGAAGACAGACUGUUUAUUGGCAAUUCAGACGUGACAGAGGGAAAUGGCUACAAACCUCAGGUUUCCAACAAGACAUUCCUAGGAAGUGUAUUCAGCAGUACAUAUGGAAUACAUUCUCAAACCCCAGAUACAAAAUCAAACACCCCAGGCUUGCCCAUGAACAGUUUAAUAAAAGGUUACACAAGUCCUAUGGCUACCAUAUGGCCUGUUGCUGGCACUGAUAAAAAUACAUUUUUAUUUGAGAAAAUCAGCCUUGUUAUGAACAACAGUAGAAGUGGGCAGAACAAUAUGGUCAGCUCAGCAAAUGAAGAACAAGAUACAUCAACGGCAAACCAAUGGAAAGCCCUGCUUUCAGAUGAAGAUAUUCAAGAACAGACCUUAAUACCAGAUGAACUGCUAUCUUGCUUAAAUGUUCUGGAUGAAGAUUCUACCAAUGUAAUGUCUUAUUUUCCUCAGAACACUGCAAAGUGA